CCAGUCAUUGAUCCAGCUCUUCUCCCACUGCCCGAGAGCACUGAUCAAGACUUGGUGGAUCCCGUGUCCAUUGCGGAGGCCCAUGGGUAUACCCCUGUGACGAAAACUGCUGGCGCUCGUCGCAAGGUCCAAGCAUCAAAAGGUAAAGGAAAGGUAAAACGGCCUCGUGAGAUCACGGAGGACGACGAUGAUGCCAGAGCCAAACGCGGGCGGCCUUCUGGCUCCAACAACUACACGUCAGCUGAUGUAAAAGCACUUCUUAACUUUGUCGAAGAUGAACUCCCGCUCGGUCAGCGAGGCUGGCAGGUGAUACACACCAAAUUCGCCGAGUGGUCAAAGGCUCGUGGUCGUCCUGAUCGCAAACUCAAUUCACUCGAAACUAAAUUCAAACAGCUUGUCAAAACUACCAAACCCACUGGGGAUGGGGUCUGCCCUCCUGAUGUCACUCGAGCACACUAUAUCGACUUGCUCAUCAACGAACGAGCAGGGACACGUGAUCUCAAUGAUGAGGAUUUUGACGACCAAGAUGCAGGCAGUCACACGGACUCGUCUAGCCAAGAUGAGCCACAGCAUGUCGCAGUUGCAAGGGCCACUCGAACCGAUGCUCCUGUCCCACGUUGCAAUGCACGUGGUGCCGCUGCUUCAGAGCUGCUGACUCGUCUAUCGGGUGCAUUUGAUCCAGUCACACAGCGAGCCCGAGACGAAGAACGAGCAGCUCGCACUCUCGCUAAUACCCAACUUAUGACACAGGCACAGCAACUGCGGGACUCACAGGCCACCAAUGAAAAUCUUCGGAACCAACUCUUUGACUUGCGUGCGAGGCUGUACGAUGUUGAACGUGCUUGUGACAAGGCCGAGUUGCGUGCGGAGAUGUUGGACAUGAAAGUAUCUGGCUGCCAUCAAAGACUGCGUUCGCCCCUUCCCAAAGAGAAGACUAUGGUGUCAGAGUGGUACCCAGAUGGUGGGCAAUCAAUAAGGUGGAUAACUGAU